UGUUUUUUCUUUCUUUCUCGGUGCUUUCACCUACAGGACUAAAAGAAAUGCCCCUCCUCUUGCGAUUUUUAUCACAAUCAAAAUAAACAGUUAUCUUUGUGAAACAUGAAAGACGCGACGGGAGCGCACUCUUUCUUCGAUGGGAAUUAAAGCAAGGCGUGUUUAUUUGAUUUAUUUAAUUUUUUUUUUUUUUUUUUUUUGCUGCAUGGAUAAGAUCAUUACCGCAGCUCGGAUGUGAGUUUGUGAUCCAGCUCUGAAGCGCGAGCUUUUCCCUCUUUUAUUGCGGGAUUAUGAUUUUGGAUAAAAGCUCCAUGGAGGAGCCAGAUAUCGACGUUGUUGGAGAGCAGGAUAAAGAUGCUCAAGUUCAAAAGUCAAGGAGUGCCUGCGGGAUCAAGGAGAAGGAUCCAGGCGGCGAGGCGACGCGCAGCGACGCAGCCGGUGUCGCGUGCGUCAAGCCGCCGUACUCCUACAUCGCGCUCAUCACCAUGGCGAUCCUGCAGAGCCCCCGCAAGCGGCUGACCCUCAGCGAGAUCUGCGAGUUCAUCAGCCGCCGCUUCGCCUACUACCGCGAGAAGUUCCCGGCGUGGCAGAACUCCAUCCGGCACAACCUGUCGCUCAAUGACUGCUUCGUGAAAAUGCCACGAGAGCCCGGCAAUCCCGGAAAAGGCAACUACUGGACCCUGGACCCCAUGUCUUCUGAUAUGUUCGAAAACGGCAGUUUCCUGCGGCGCAGGAAGCGCUUCAAGCGGCACCGCUGCUGCACGAAGGAGGCGGAAACGCCGCUUCCGGGAUUCCCGCUCGGAUCUUACGCUUCGGCUUUACCGGUCCCGGCUUUGGAUCUGUACCUCGAGCGUUCACCUCCUCCUCCUCCUCCUCCUGCUCUUGUCUCACCUGUCGGCAGCCUGUUACCUGCCCUGUCCACUCUGCUGAAAGGCUACCUCCCGCAUCCAUCCCGCUCUCUCACUCUCGAGUCCUCCCGCGCUGCUUUCCCCGGCGCCCAGCUCGCACCUCCGGCCGCUCUUCCUCCUCUUCCGCCCAGUUUUUACACUCUUCAGCAGGAAUAUCACAAACUGCAGGCUCUGCACAGCACCGCGCUCACCACCAAACUUUUACAGCAAUUCGGUGACGCUGCACUAUAACAGGCUACAUUUUGUUAACUUAAAAAUAUACAUGACACACACAGACUGUGUUAUUAAAACACCAUUGGUGUAGCCUAUACAUGUGGACUUCACAAAAAAACACAACACAGUUAUAAUACAGAAACAACAUUAACAAACCCGACACCUGUGGAAUUUAUCCAAGAAAAGUCAUGGCAAUUGUUUUUGUUUUUCAAUUUUUUUUAAAUCAUUAUUUACUGUAAUUUUUUUUGAACAAGAAUGAGAUUUUCCCCUGAAUUUUGGGGAAACUGACUGUUUCCUUUAUUAUGGAUCGCAGUUUAUUCAUUCAUCCACCUCUUUUUUUUUUUUUUUUUUUUUUUUGCACCAGACCUUUAAAGCACAAGUUCAUCCGCAUAUUCUUAAUCAAAUUCUUUAUUUUUUUAAUGAUUUGAAAUAACCUCCUAUGUGAAUAGAGCGCUUUAGAUCUGCGACACGUUUUAUGGCUAAUAUAAUUAGAUAUAAACUUUUAUUAGAUGUCAGACUUUUACAGCCAUCCGGUGACGCUGCACUGUGACACAGUUUGUUAACUAAAAUAUCUGAUAUUGAAAGUGAAAACAUCACUGGUGUAGCCUGUAUAAAACAGCACAAACAAAAAAACAAACAAACCAAAACCCUACAACACUUAGUUAUAAUACAGAAACAGCAUUAAUAAAACCUCCACCUGUGAAAUUAGCCAAGAAAAUCAUAGCAAUUUUUUUUUUUUUUCCCUUUUUUAUUUUGAAACUUUUUAUUAUCAUUAUAGACUGUAAUUUUUAAAACCCUUCCCCCAAUGAUGUUACAUUUUUAAAAAUACUACAAUAAAGCCAGUAAACAACAAUUCAGUGUUAAAACAGCAUGUUUUUGUUGGAAUAGUUUAAAAUGCUGUACACUGAUCCAGUAAAAUUAAUUACAUUUUUUUUAAAUUUGGAAUAUUUUAGGAAAUAAAUAGAAUUGUAUCCAAUUAUUGCUUUAUCAUGUAACAUUUGUUUUUCUUUUUUUGUGCCACUUUUAUUGGUAUUUAAACUUUUUUCAGGCGAUGCUGUGAAUACUUUAACACAUGAUCAGUGUUGUCGAUUUUUAAAUA